UCCUCAUUCUUUCUUGGGCAAGGGUUCUCGUCUCCUCCCUUUUCUCGUCUGAAAAAAAACCCGCCCUCUGGGUGUCGCUCGCAGUUCUUUCUCGCCGACCACUCCAAUCGUAGAGUCGUCAUGGGAGACAGCCAAUAUUCGUUCUCGUUAACUACCUUCAGCCCUUCGGGGAAGCUGGUCCAGAUCGAGCACGCCCUGAUGGCCGUUGGAUCCGGCCAAACUUCUCUCGGAAUCAAAGCUGCUAAUGGUGUUGUUAUUGCAACUGAGAAGAAAUUGCCUUCCGUCUUAGUGGAUGAGACAUCUGUGCAAAAGAUCCAGCUAAUGACAACAAACAUUGGAGUUGUUUACAGUGGAAUGGGCCCAGAUUCCCGUGUUCUGGUGAGAAAAAGCAGAAAACAAGCACAACAGUAUUAUCGACUAUAUAAGGAGCCAAUACCAGUUACGCAACUUGUUAGGGAAAAUGCGGCUGUAAUGCAGGAGUUCACUCAAUCUGGUGGUGUAAGGCCAUUUGGAGUUUCUUUGCUGGUUGCUGGAUAUGACGACAAUGGUCCACAGCUCUAUCAGGUUGACCCAUCAGGUUCAUACUUCUCUUGGAAAGCAUCUGCAAUGGGGAAAAAUGUUUCCAAUGCAAAGACAUUUCUCGAGAAGAGGUAUACUGAUGAUAUGGAGCUUGAAGAUGCUGUGCAUACUGCCAUUUUGACUCUUAAAGAAGGGUUUGAAGGUCAAAUUUCUGGCAAGAACAUUGAAAUUGGAAUUAUUGGAGCUGACCGUAAGUUCAGGAUACUUACUCCAGCUGAGAUUGAUGAUUACCUGGCAGAAGUCGAGUAAUUUUGUCAAAUCCUGCUUCUAACAAGGGAUAUUGAAUUGUUUUAAUGUAUAUCAUAUUUGAUGUUAAAAUUUUUGUCUCUCGAUUUCAGCUCUUUUGCUCCAAAUUUGUCUAUGGUGUAAUGUCUUCUUUACUUGACACUUAUUAAUUGAAGUUUUAACCUGCAGCA